AUGACAAGGCAGUCUUCUCAGUUUACAGAACAAUUGACAAAUAUCGAAUUUGUUCAUGUAGCUGAUUAUGAUGAUUACCGUCUUUAUAAAUUGAUACAUAAAUAUGGUUCUAUGUCAGUUCAAACAUUUACAGCCAACAAAUGGCUCGAAGAAUACUUGCAAAAGUCAUUUGAAACACCGAAUAGAUCUUAUCCUAACAUUGUUCAAUGGUGUGGCACAACAAUGCUAGCUUUUUUCAUUCAAAAUACUACUCUUUCUGUGAAAAACAUCAACGCUCUUAUUUUGGCUCGUUUAGAAGCAUAUGACAACUCAAAAUAUAUCUGUUAUAUCAGUGUUUUGAAAGAACAUCGUCAAAAAGGUCUUGGAACAAAAUUAUUAAAUGAACUUAUCAAAGACGCUAUUCGAGCAAAGAAUUCUCGAGUUUCAUUGCAUGUGAAUACAGAGAACAAAAGUGCCGUGUCACUCUAUUUUAAAUGUGGUAUGCGAUGUAUUGAGUACGUUCCUGGUUACUAUUUCGGUGACAAAACAUAUGCAACUCCAAAUGCUUUUAUAAUGACUUUACAAAUAAAAAAUGUUAAAAAUAAUACAACAGUCUGUCAAUCUACAACUGCGGUUGAAAUCACUGCACAAGAAGAAGCUUUUUAUAAACAAAAAUGUCCACAAGCAUUGAAUGGAUGA